AUGGAGAUGAAAUUGUAAGUAUAAGUAGAGUUUUGAAGAGUUAAAACAACUUACAUAUUUUUCCGUAGUAGAGUAACAAAAUUAGGCUCAACAACAUUUUUCUAUAUUUGCAAUAUAUUUUACAGCACAAUGUGUUGCUGUCAUUUUUUUAAAGUUCUAAAAGAUACAGAACUAAAGUUCAAGAUUGGUUCGUUUUGUACGGCUUUAGCCGGAAAUUCUUUUAAUUUCUACAGCGCCGUAGCUGUUAUUAAGGAGCGCUGAAGAAUUUACGCGUCAAAAUUAGUUUCAUUCGCUUUAUAUUACUUUGUAGAGUUUCUUGUAGCAAACAAUACGCUGUAGAUACCUCAAUCUUAAUAUUUAAAAAACUUUUUCUUAUCUGUUUUUUUACAUCAGAGGCAUGUCAGUUAUAUGCAACUUACAGUAUAUUCAGCUAGUGUUUAGCUGCUCGUCUUUUAGCAAGUUUAAAGUCUUUAAAACUCUUUACGUGAUUUAAGACUAAGAACCUCGAAAGCCGUAUUUUAACAUAGCUAUUCAGUCUUACUGUAUGUUAUGCAGAAUGCUUUCUCCUUAGUUCUACUGUAUGUUGUGCAGAAUGCCAUCGUUAAUUUAAACGUGCCAUUCAUUACGUAACCCCUGCACUAAUUUUUAUUUGUUCGCGCAUCCGUUCGUUCCGACCUUGCCCCAUAUUCAAGAGUAUAAUUGAGAAGAAGAGCUCAUGAGUUUGUACUGUCUCUUCGCAUUACUUCUUUACCCUUUAAACACGUCUUAUGGUCAUGUCGGCUUCUAGGUAACUUACAAAGGCAAAUUGGGUUUUGUAGGAUGAUUUAGGGUUCUUAUAAUUAGACACUGGUUAGUGUAGUUUAUAAAAAGCAAUGUAAUGUAAUAGGUAUUGUAGUUGCAGAUUUUAAAGUCUUAAUUGCAUAGCUUAAAGUAUUAUAGCUAAAACCUUUAACAUACUUAAGCAUAAUUUAAAAAUCAACAAAAAUUUUUAAAAUUUGGAAGCACACUAACUUCAAAAAAGAUAAAGACAAUGAAAAUUCAGUUAGAAAUCACUUUUAAUGCUCUAUUCUUUCAGAAACCUUCUUUGCAUGACCAUGGUGAUAACAUUGUUCCAACAUACCAGAGCUUCUAUCUUUGCAUACUCAGACGCAAUUCCAGUCAUACUCAAUCCUAUAAACGCUGAACAAAUUGCUAUUAUGCAUCCUAAAAUGCUUACAGUAAGUUUUAAAUUUACUUUUUUUUGUAUUUUACAUUUUUUAUUUACUUUAAGUUUACAACUAUGUAAAACAUCUAACAUAAAAAAAAUGACAAAAAACACCGUAGCUUCUCCAUGAAAUUACUUUGAUUUCAAUGACGCAAUUAUUUUACCCUGCAGCAAAAGAAAACCUUGACCACUUUAUGGCGAUCCUUCUAAUUGAAUAACGAGUUUGAGUAUACCUUGUUUAUCUCCUUAUCCGCGAACACCAAAGCGGUUUUUGUUAACCUUGACCCGUUUCGACAGCGAAUCCCAGAAUUUUGUGAUCCCACGAUUGUCUUCUGAUUACUCAUGUUGAGGAAGGUAGAUCCGGGGAUUUCGAUCGUAAUUUAUGGAUUGUUUAUGCGGAAGUUGUUAUAGGUAUAGAAGGUAUAGGGUUCUAGAUUGAUGAGAUUCAUAUGAUUUGUGAGGAAUUGGUUUUUAACGAAUGUUUUUUAGUUUUUUAAAUCACGCUGAAGAAUAUGAAAAGCUUUACAAAACCCAAAAAAGCACAAUAAUUUUACUCAAAACACCUGUAACAAUAUAAUUUCAGCUAAAACAUUCUCCAACAGUCUCCCCAAAGUCGCCUACACUAUCUUCCAAAUCCAAACUGUCGAAAAAGCGACGAUCUUUGGCUACAGCUCAGACUGAAGGAGCUAAACCCUCAAACCGAUUAAUGCUCACAAAACCUUUUUGGCCUUGGCCAUAG